GAAUUAUUAAGUGAUGAACAAUUGGAUGAAGAAUCUGAUAAAGAAUCUGAUGACGAGAUAGAUAAUGAAUUGGAUUUUUAUGAUUCUGAAAUUCAUCUGGCAGAAAAUCAAUCAGCAAAAUGGAAAUUGGAAGAUUUAUUUUUAUCUAAUUUGCCACCUUUAGUUUCUGAAUUAUAA